AUGCCUAAGGCUGCUGCUUCUCGCUCCGGCAAGCCCAUCAAGCGCCGCACCAAGAAGGACCCCAACGCUCCCAAGCGCGGCCUCUCUGCCUACAUGUUCUUCGCCAACGAGCAGCGCGAGAAUGUCCGCGAGGAGAACCCCGGUAUCACCUUCGGUCAGGUCGGCAAGCUUCUCGGUGAGCGCUGGAAGGCCCUGAACGAAAAGCAGCGUGCGCCCUACGAGUCCAAGGCCGCUGCAGACAAGAAGCGCUACGAGGACGAGAAGGCUGCUUAUAACGCUCAGGAGGAGGAAGAGUCUUCCUAA